CUGGUUAGCUUGGAAAAAGAGCCCGCCUCCUGGCCCAUAAGGCCCUGAGCCGGAAACUUCACUCUCUCUUCCUGUCUCAUGAUGGCGCAGGAUCAAGGUGAGAAGGAGAACCCCAUGCGGGAGCUUCGCAUCCGCAAGCUCUGCCUCAACAUCUGUGUCGGGGAGAGCGGAGACAGGCUGACCCGGGCAGCCAAAGUCCUGGAGCAGCUCACAGGCCAGACCCCUGUGUUCUCCAAAGCUAGGUACACCGUUAGAUCCUUCGGCAUCAGGAGAAAUGAAAAGAUUGCCGUCCACUGCACAGUCCGUGGGGCCAAGGCAGAAGAAAUCUUGGAGAAAGGUCUGAAGGUUCGAGAGUACGAGUUACGAAAAAAUAACUUCUCAGAUACCGGAAACUUUGGCUUUGGGAUCCAGGAACACAUUGAUCUGGGAAUCAAAUACGAUCCAAGCAUUGGUAUCUACGGCCUGGACUUCUAUGUGGUGCUGGGUAGGCCAGGUUUCAGCAUCGCAGACAAGAAACGCAGGACAGGCUGCAUUGGGGCCAAACACAGAAUCAGCAAAGAGGAGGCCAUGCGCUGGUUCCAG